CGCUCAAAACUACCCAUUUUGUUCCUCCCCUUGACAUGGGUAACUUGAUAAGACGUCCCCCCAAAUGGGAAAGCGAAUCGACGGACAAAAUAUUAAUUGACGCUAUCAUGACCAACAACACAUCGAUGCUCCAGGAGUUACUGCCGUCCCAUUCAGUUUACCAAACGGUUAUCUGCCAGGAAAAAGGGAGAUUUGGGCAAGACAAUACACAAAAUGGAGAUCCUGAAAAGAGCCCCCCAAAAGCAGAAUGCUGCACGGAGAACCGCCACAAAGCAGAAGAAAGGAAUGACAGCAAGCAGCUCCCCAUCAAAUCGAAGAAGAGCAUCAAGGCCACGCCCAGUGACGUGGCUGGCCACCACGAUCACCAUCCUCUCCAUCUGGCUAUAACCAACGGGUGUCAUCACCUUAUCCCCGACCUGCUGAAGCGGGGGGCAAGAAUAGACGACAGGACAAAAGCCGGCCAAACCGCUCUUCACCUCGCUUCCAAAACCCUCAACCAAGAAGCCGUUCAGAUGUUACUCCGCUGUGGGGCCAAGGUAAACUCCACCACUCCGAUGACCCAAGAGACCCCGCUCCAUCUGGCCGUCCACACCUUGUCCUGCAAGGCCGGCAUUGUCCUAGCGGCCGACGGGAAGUGCGUGGAGCUUCUGCUGAUGAAUGGAGCCGACGUCUGUGUGAAAGACUGGAAAGGCCAGGAAGCCCUCCACCACGCUUGCCGAAAUGGCCGGGAAGACAUUAUUAACCUCCUCCUCAAUUAUGGGGCGGACGUGAACGCCUUAACGUUGCAAGCGGAGUCGUGCCUUUUCCUGUUCCUGGAAAAAGCCACCAAUCUCAAGAAGGCCAACGUUCUCUGGAAGCUGCUGAGCCUAUCCUACCCUCUGAAGCUCACCAACUCUGAGGAUCGUCUACCCCGACUGCUGGAUGACCCCUACUGGGAGCCGCUGAAGGACAUACUCCUCCAGGUGUCUUCACAAGUGUGGUCCUUACAGGACAUUUGCAAAUUCAACAUCCGGAAGGUCUACGGAGGAAACUCGAGAUACUGGCUCAAAGAGGCGAUGCCCAUCGAACUGUGGGACUCUAUCUACACGAGCCAAGAGUUUUCGUAUGCCUCGAAAAUCGUCGAAAGGAUUUUUGACGGUGGGCGCCGCCAGUCCGAAGUAAGGGAAAGGCCCUGGGAUGCCAGCCUCCUCCUCCUCUUUCUCCUUAGCGUGAUUCCUGCGCUGUGGCAGGGCCCGCUUUUCCUGGGACGCUAAGGUGUUGGGUCAAAAAGUAAAAUAAAAUUGAAAGUCUUUUAA